UUAAAACCGAAACAAAAUAAAAAGGAAUAAAAUAAAAACAUCUCUCUAUCUCUCUCUAACGUUACCCGUUCUCUGUUCUACCGAAAAUCGCGACUCUUCCAAAAAUCGAAAUACCUGAAAAAAGGAAAAAAAAAGGAAAAAAAGGGAUCCAAAAAAUAGGCCCCGACGAUAAAAAUAUUACGCCCCCCAAAAACAACAAACCCUAACCCUAGCUUUCCCUAUUUCCCACGAACUAUCCAUACAUCUUUCUCUAUUUCUCCGAAAAGGAAAUUACAAAUCUGAGAGCGUUAUCUUAUCUUUUAUAGAUUUGUGUGGAGAUAAGUUUUUCCGGUUGUCGCGGCGGCGGAAGUGGCGGUAAUGGAAUGUUGGAAGGGUGGUUGUGGGAGUGGAUGGUGGCGUCGAUGACUGGUGGUGGUGACGGUGGCGGCGGGGGGAGAUGUCUGCGGCCGAGGAAGAUGAUGGGUAGGGUAUUUACGGAGGAAAAGCCAUGCCCAAUAUCUAUCCCUAGGGUUUCGAAAAAUGAUGAAAUUACAGAAAAGCCCUCAGAGUUUGAUAAAAUUACGGAAAUGCCCCAACAACCAGAAAAAACUGAAAGUGCGUUAGACUUCUAUUCCCAGGCGAGAAAAGCUUUGUGCCAAAGUAGUCCUUUCGAUACCGAGGAUUCUACUUCUCAGUCACAGCCGUCUUCUUCCUCUACCGUGCACCUUACUUUACCCAAUAACUUAGCGCAGUUGUUAAAUAAGCAUUCUGAUAGUAGAAAACGACACAAGAAGUCUCAUGGAGGAAUUGAAACGAAGAAGAAGAAGUCAUCUUCGCGGCAAAAGGGCGGUCGUAAUAGUGGAUUCUGGGACGAAGUUGAGGAAUACUUUCGUGAAUUAUCUGUGGAAGAUAUUGAUAGAUUGUAUAAACUUGGGUCGUUCGAGUUUUUGGGUAAUGAUAAUCAGAAAUUAUUGUUCAUUCCUACUACAUUUGACAAUGUGGGUAGUGGUGUAAGCAAUAGUGGAGUGUUGGUUAAAGAAGAAGAUAAUAAGGAGAGUGAUCAAUUUAUGGAUGUGGACAGUGAAGGAGGAAGGGAAACUGAAUUUGUUAAAGAAGAAAAGGAUGGAAAUGUGAAUGUGAAGCCAUGUUCGUCAUCCUCUUGUUUGCCACUGAGUGGGUUAGAAUGGCUAUUAGGUUCUAGGAAUAAGAUAUAUCUUGCCUCUGAACGACCUUCAAAGAAAAGGAAGCUUUUGGGUGGAGAUGCAGGGUUGGAGAAGCUUCUAGUUGCUCGUCCCGUAGAAGGGUCAGCUGAAUUUUGUGACUAUUGUAGUUUAGGUGACCAUGGUGAUGUGUUGAACAGAUUGAUAGUUUGUAGUGCUUGCAGUAUGGUUGUUCAUCAGAGAUGUUAUGGUGUGCAGGAUGAUGUUGAUGGCAGUUGGUUGUGUUCUUGGUGCAAGCAAAAGAAUGAUGAGAUGGUAAGUAACGGCAAGCUGCCAUGUGUUCUUUGCCCAAAAAGCGGUGGUGCCAUGAAACCUUGUAGGAAAAGAGAAGAAUCUUCUUGUCUGGAGUUUGCUCACUUGUUUUGUUGUCAGUGGAUGCCUGAGGUAUAUAUUGAGAAUACUAGGAUGAUGGAGCCGAUAAUGAAUAUUGAUGGUAUAAAGGAUACACGGAAAAAGUUAAUUUGUUAUCUCUGCAAGGGGAAACAUGGGGCGUGUGUUCGGUGCACUAAUGGAUCUUGUAGGACUUCUUUCCAUCCUAUAUGUGCGAGGGAGGCAAGCCACAGAAUGGAGAUAUGGGGGAAACUUGGAUGUGAUGAUGUUGAAUUGCGCGCGUUCUGCUUGAAGCAUUCAGAUUUACAGGUCAAUAGUGGCAGUCAACAAGUUAGAGAUCCUGCAGUAGAUGUUUCUUGCCCCACAGAUAACAAUCAGUUGGCAGCAUCAGUCACAGCCAAACCACACAAGUUAAAGCUUGGCUUAAGAAAUGGAGACAAAAGGGUGCUGCACGUGGACAAUUCUAUCUCGGGUUUAGAUAAGUUGAAUGAUGAUGCAUUACAACAGCAAGAGCUGCCAGAGAAGGACUUGAACCUUAAACGUCAAACAGAAUGUGGCAUUUCACAGCAGCCUGUUAAUAGGGAUUUAUGUGUAAACAAAGAUAGUGAUGUGGCUGAUCAGCUAAAUUUCACCGUGAUAUUAAAAAAGUUAAUAGAGCAGAAAAAAGUUGAUGUAAAAGAUGUCGCUGCGGAGAUUGCUGUAUCUUCAGACUUGUUGGACUCAAUGCUCAAGGAUGAUAAAAUGGUUCCUGACAUACAGUUCAAGUUAGCUAAGUGGUUGAAGAAUCAUGCUUAUAUUGGAAGUUUACAGAAAACUCUAAAAGUUAAAAUUAAAUCCACAAUAGCUCCAAAAGUUGAGGCUGGUGUGGUGGAUGGUUUGGAUUCCAUUAGAGUAACAGAACCCGAGAUUACGGACUUCGUCCGCGUCAAGUCUGUACCACCUCGGAGAAGAACCAAAAACAAUGUCAGGGUUGUGAAAGAUGGUGAAUCACUUUUUCCAGCUAAGGAGACACUCAACACUGAUGGAGUAUCAUCGGAUGAAGCUAAAACUAGUGUGGUUGGAAGGGAAGAUUCAAGUUGUCCAAGAGAGUUUCCGUCUGCUGGUUUGCAGCAGGUUAUGCCCGAGAUUGUUCCUUCAAAAGCCACUCUUGCAGGCAAUUCCAACAAUGAUGAAGGUUUGCAUUACAGAUUACUGAUUUCGGUCUGCAUGUGAGGAAUAUGUAGCUUAACCUUUGUAGGAACAUUGUCUUUUUUUGUUCA